CGAGACCAUCUAUUCCAAGAUGGUGGACAAACACGAAGGAACUGUCGCCAAAGACAUCGCCAUAAUAAGCAUAAUUCAGUUAACAAUAACCACUAUAUCCAGCCUGUUUGCUAAUUAUCUUUUAACAAGUGUAUCAUUUGUGUCCAGUCCAACACUUUCCUUCAAGAUAUUCGUUGUUGUUUAUAGUAUUUUAAGCCUUUGUAUUCUGAUGUCAAAGACCAAGACGCGAUGGAGCCUUGUUCAAUUGGCAAAGUUACCUUUUAUCGUUGGGAGCUGUACUUUGAUAUUCUACGUUAUUGCUGUGUUAUAUGGAGCACCUUUCCUAUCGAAAACAGAUGAAACAAUGAUGUUGGGUCUUGUCAUGGCUGUCCUGUGCUUCUUACCACCAUGUUGUAUCUUAGGAGCCAAUCUUGAUGUUUUGUACAGAAUAUUUAUCAGCAACUGGCUCGAAUGCACUGCUGAGUCGUAUUUCCAGUGCUGUAUGACACUGACUGUAUUUGGUGCAUGGUUAGGUGCGUUUCCUAUUCCACUGGACUGGGAUAGACCUUGGCAGGUUUGGCCAAUCCCUUGCGUCAUUGGAGGAAUGUUAGGAAACACCUUGGGAGUUUUCAUAUCUGGAAUUAUUUUCUACUGUACAAGUAAAACAGGGAGGAAAGAUCUAUAAUAGACAUUAAAGGGAAGGUACCUUUCCCAAUGGGGGAAGGGCUGGGGAAUUCCCAAUAAUUUUUUAUGAAUGGUUGAAGCCCUACCCUGAUCACUCAAUAAGUAAAUUAUGACCCUCAAAUUAAGGUAACAAGAAAGCAGCUUUUGUCAAAAUAAAAUAUUCAAAUUUGUACUUAAUGACCCUCCCCUCUUAGACCACCUGGCUGUAUAAGGGAGAGUACAGUUUUUUCUGUGAUUACUAUUUCCCUCAGUAAUAAAGAGUAUCUAUCUCUCUGUCUUCCCUCUCCCUCCCUCCGCAAUACAAAAAGGUACCUUUCCUUAGGCAUUUAUAUAGGCAGUUCUGUGUAAAAUUGUGAAGCAGUUGGUAAGAUAUUUAUUUGUAAAAUAGAUUACAUAGCUUACUUUUUCUUAGCAACGAACGACAGUCCCCUUCACAGUUCCCUGUGCCAUUUUGAAAGGUAAACGUGCCUGUGCACCAUAGGCACAAAGGCGAAUACCUUCCAAUUAUAGAGAAAUUAUAUGUACAAUAUUAUUGAAACUGCUUAAAAAAGUCUUUAUCAAGGUCACCACCUUUCUACCUUUGAUACAAUUGGCACAAUUUCCUUUUAAGACGGCACAAAUAAUAUAUCCUACAACUGACCAGUCCGUCAUAAUAUCUAAUAUAAUAGGAGAUUAUCUUUAAAACUAGUUAUUUUUUAAAAGCAUAAUUUUAAGGAUUAAAUAAAAUUAUGAAGCAUUU